AUGACCAUAUGUGCAGACCCAAAACCUGCAGCUGUAAAGCAAGUGCCUUCAUGUAAAGCGCUAUCUCCACGUUGUCGACAAGGAUGGCACUCAUAUGAGGACAACUGCUUUCACUUGGUCAACUUAAGUUACGCCUGGAAUAACGCAGCGUUCUACUGUGAGAAUUUGAGUUCCACUCUGGCUUCAGUCCACAGUCAAAAGGAAUACAGCUUCCUGCAGCAGUUAACCUGGAAGGCUGGUUUUCUAACCGCCUGGAUCGCAGGAUACAGAUUCCAGAGCCACUGGAGGUGGGCCGACGGGACGGUAUUCGACUACAACAACUGGGACGGCAGCAACAGUUACUACUACGAGUGCCUGUACCUGAACAGUGACGGUAACAAGGGCUGGAGCAGUCAACAGCAGUGCGAGUUACUUCGCCCCUUCAUCUGUUCGUAUAAACCCAUCUGCUGCUAGUCGCUGAAGCCAAGAUCAGAUUUGACUGUUGCCACGGUGACAGUUGGACAAAUCAGUUUUAAAGGUGCCGACGUG